AAAAUGGCCCCGAUGUAUCGUAAAGCAGGGAAGCCGACGUGUGGAGGCAAGUCACUAGUAGUUUGACAGCAACCAGCGAGUUAAAUUAGUUUUAAAAGACAAAGUAAGCUAAUUUACACCGUUUUCGUGUAGCUAGCUUGCUAGUGUGCUAUCUGUUUGUGUUGUCAGGUUAGCAUACGCUUUGCUAACGUUAGCUAGUUCACAGUAUGGAUGUGCUACGUCCAACUCUUAUUAAUAUAAAUGGAAGAAUGUACCGCAGGAAUAUGAUUAAGGAGGAACAUUAUGAGGAGGAAGAAGAUUGCUCUUACAUGGAGCCAACAGAGAGUGAAGAUGCAGCAGAUGAAACCUGUGACAGCCACUUCAUUGAACAGACAGAUAAAGGUUACCGCUGUGCCAUCGAUGUCCCAAGUGUUCUUUACAAAUAUAUCAUUGGAAAAAAAGGAGAAACACGCAAACGUCUGGAGGCCGACACAAAGACUUCCAUCAGUAUCCCAAAACAAGGAGUGGAAGGACAGAUCGUUAUCACGGGUUCCCACAAAUCUGCUGUUUCAUCUGCCGUCACUCGAGUUGAGGUCCUUAUGGAGAGUUUCCGGAAGAAGCAGCCUUUCACGCACUUCCUUUCAUUCCCGCUGAACGAUUCCAAAAUUCAAGAGGGAUUCUUGACAUUUAAAGACAAGGUGUUGCAGCAGUUUUCACAGGAUCACGGAGUGGAGGGAAGCAUCUUUCAAAACCCUGCAAAGCUUCACCUGACAGUCGGCACUAUGGCUCUACUGAAUGACAUGGAAGUGAGAAAAGCAUGUGAACACCUCCAAGAGUGUCAAAGGUUCAUCAGGGACAUCACUGAUGGAAAACCUCUGCCACUGCAGGUGACAGGUAUAGAGUACAUGAAUGAUGACCCGGCCAUGGUGGACGUCUUGUAUGCCAAAGUCAAUGUGAAAGACGGCUCAGAUAAGUUGCAGGUGAUUGCAGAUCGGCUGGUGGAACAUUUUGUCUCGGCGGGGCUGAUGAUUAGAGAGUGGGACAGAGUGAAGCUGCACGGCACCGUGAUGAACACUCUGUUCAGGAAGGACUCCACAGUUGAAGACACGGGCGGGACAGGAAGACAAGCCGUGAGUGAAAGGGAGGCGUUUGAUGCCAGAAACAUAUUAAAGACAUUCGGCGCCUACUGUUUUGGAGAGUUUGAGCUCGACGCCGUUCUGCUGUCCCAGAGAUAUUCGACUGACUGCACCGGAUACUACAGCUCUGCAGGCAGCAUCAGCUUCUCUUGAGCCUCAGCAGGACUGAGCUCAUUCUGAGGUCUUUGGAUUGAAAGCGAUGCUGCCGGCUCACGAAGAAGCUCCUGACAGAUGGAAGACGAGGUCCCGUCAGAUUUGAACACGAAUGGAUUUCCAGCGUAAUGCAGAAACAUCUUUCUGAAGUCUUUUGUCGAAAUCCUUUGUAAAAUUAGGAUUUUUUUAUUCCCCCUUCCUACCUCCUUCUGGCGUGAUCUGCAGCACUUCAACAUGCUGUUUUUUUAAUUUGUCAGAAAUAAAUAAACGUGUAAAGCAUCCA